AAUUCCUGCAACUGACAGGCAGAGGGAGGCUGCAUUUCAACCGUAGUCAUUGCAUUUUCCCCCCCAACUGCGGACUGGAGUGGAUAUUCCGUGAUAUUUCCCUCCCAAGUGUUUCAUUACUAUAUUGGACCCCACAGUCGGUGGCUUCUGUUUGAUGCAUCUGUUUCUGGCAGGCAGUUAGCAGGGAGUCUGAAGCCUGUUGUGGUGUGAGGUUUCCUUGGAAGCUGCUUCUGUGACUCCCUCUGUUCCCACCUCAAGUGUUCUCACUUUAUCGAGCGAGUUGGCACUCAAUGAAUAAGUCAUGGAGUUUGGGCUCAAUGGUAAUCUGUAGCCGUGACUAAAAAAAAAAAAAAAAGAAUCGGAGUGAAAAGACAUUACGAUGCUGAGAGAAUGAAUUUUGCAGGAUAAAAAUAUUAUUUCUGUUAUUACAAUGCAGCCAUACACAUGCAUGUUGUACGUAACUGCUGUGUUUUCAUUAUACAGUUGAAUUUCCAUUUUAACAUGGAAUUUGCAGUCUGCUAAAAGGGGCUCUAACAACCGGUCUCCCGGUCUCUAAUUUGAAAAUCUUAAACAAUUUAGUUAAUUUAGGAGCCUGCAUUAUGGAGUCCUUCAAUUCUAAUGCAACUGCAGUUUUUAGGACUAGUUUGAACGUGCGCUUUGGCGGACGGAUGGCUGAAUGAAUUUUACAGUUGUAAAAUGAUUAACCCGUGAUUCUAAAUACAUAAGGAACAACCACAGAACUGUAUGUCCAAAGGGGGCACGUGAAAUCUGGACAUAAAAUAGAGGCGAGUGCGUGAUGAAAUGGAUGGUCCAGCUUAAAGCAGCGUCUUCAUCUUUUACUUCGUGUCAUGGAGCAUAAAUUUAGUUUUAUAAUGUUACAACGAAUUAAAACCCCUUGAUUGGCUUGGCUUUAAGAACUAUGUAUCUCUUGAGGUUGUUGCUCUGUCCUAAAUGUCACGUUGUUAGCAAUGGUGACUUUAUUAGACGUUCUCGGUGACUGCAGCUGCCUUGACUGCAACCCGAGUCCGACCGAAUGGCAUGGUUCAACUCCAGUUCAGCACACGAUGCCUCUUUCCUGAACCGGUUUACAACAAUGUGUCUAAAUGAUGUGACACUCUUUUAGCUCAGUCUUGAUUGUUAGUCUAAUGAGCUCUACAUCUGAAAUACUAAUUGAGGCUGGUUGUUUUGAUUUGAAGUCGGAGGAUCCUAAACUAUCUUGUUUAGACUGUUGUCCCGGAGCUAGACUACUAAUAAGAGGACGGAACUUUGUCCCUCAGUCGUGAGUUAUGACGGGUAGAUGGUAGAGUAAUCACUGGCUUCGGGAACACGCUGCAUCUGGCUCGCACUAAUUGGCAGCUAAUGGAAAACGUCGUCGUUGUCUAGACUGACUUUUGUCAGGAACACCUCCAGUCAUGUUUAACCGUGACAAAAUCAAGUGACGUCUCUUCGGACAGAAAUGUUUACAUAAAGAUGUUAGGGGGAAGAUUUGCUUUUCUUUUCACAAGUUUUAUAGCAAAAACAAAAGCGGAGUGAAGUGAAAAGCCGUGGCUGCGGUGUGAAUGAAGAUCUGUGUGCAUUGUAAGUGUCGCCGGGAGGAGCAUGCAGUGACCACCAUGCCUGUGGAAAUGGAGAAGACGGUCACCAAGCUGAUGUACGACUUCCAGAGGAACUCGACUUCAGACGAUGACUCUGGAUGCGCCCUGGAGGAGUACGCUUGGGUGCCACCAGGACUCAAACCUGAACAGGUCCAUCAGUACUACAGCUCCCUCCCUGAGGACAAGGUGCCCUAUGUUAACAGCCCGGGAGAGAAAUACCGCAUCAAACAGCUCCUCCAUCAGCUGCCGCCCCACGACAAUGAGGUGCGCUAUUGCAACAGUUUGGACGACGAGGAGAAACGAGAGCUUAAGCUCUUCAGCAACCAACGAAAACGGGAAAACCUCGGGCGUGGCAACGUCCGGCCUUUCCCCGUGACCAUGACGGGAGCCAUCUGCGAACAGUGCGGCAACCAGAUCAACGGAGGCGACAUCGCAGUGUUUGCAUCUCGCGCCGGCCACGCCUUGUGUUGGCACCCGGCUUGCUUCGUGUGCAGCAUGUGCAACGAGCUCCUGGUGGACCUCAUCUACUUUUAUCAGGACGGGAAGAUCUACUGCGGCCGGCACCACGCCGAGAGGCUGAAGCCGCGCUGCACAGCUUGUGAUGAGAUCAUCUUGGCGGACGAGUGCACCGAGGCCGAAGGCCGUCACUGGCACAUGAAGCACUUCUGCUGUUUCGAGUGUGAGACGGCGCUCGGGGGCCAGCGCUACAUCAUGAAGGAUGGAAGGCCGUACUGUUGCUCCUGCUUUGAAUCCCUCUACGCCGAGUACUGUGAUUCCUGCGGAGAGCAUAUUGGCAUUGACCAAGGCCAGAUGACGUACGACGGGCAGCACUGGCACGCUUCCGAGGGUUGCUUUUGUUGUGCCCGCUGCAAGCGCUCCCUGCUGGGUCGACCCUUCCUGCCCAAGCAAGGGCAAAUCUUCUGCUCCCGUUCUUGCAGUCUGGGCGAGGAGCCCAACGGCUCGGACUCCUCGGAUUCUGCCUUUCAGAGCGCUCGCUCCACCAGAGAGUCCAGACGCAGCUCCAAGGCAGCAAAAAGUGGCGGCGGAGGGCAAACGGAGGCGAUAUCGGGGGAGGUGGACCCGUUGUCAUUACAAAUGGACCUACUGAGUCUCUCGAGUCAAACCCCCAGUUUGACACGUGAGCCACCUGCCUGGCAGAACCAGAAGCAAGUCGUGGAUGGCUACAAAUUGGAUUCCCAAGCUGAAUCGACGGCUAACCCCACCCCUCUGCAGCUCCUCAGCCAGUGCAAUGUCAGAACGUCCUGUAACCCACCAUGCCCUGGGCAGAAUAAUCAACAGCAGGACCACAGGGUCAAAGAGACCGGUGGCCCAAAGAGACCGCCUAUCUCGGCUCUGAAAGGUCACUCUCUAAACGAGAUGUGGUUCCAACAGCCAGCUCCAGAUGAUUUCCAUGGCCCAAAGCUAAGGACCCAGAUGAGUUUCCCUGAGGUAUCUCAGCAGUCCCAGCACAACGGCGGCUUCUCCGCAGACAAGCGCUCCAUCAGUCUGCACGGCUUCCAGAGGGACCGAGAUGUUGGUCCUCCGCCAGCCAGCCAAGUGGCCAGAAGCAGGAACCCCAUCAACGCACUUAACUUUACAGAGCAACUGACACCUCUCGAGCAGACCCCGAGGGGGUCCAUGGAGUGCUUGGGCAUAUCCAACACGACAGGCCAAUCUGCCGAAGGAGGAGGGAAGCGGCAAGAACACCUGUCGCGUUUCUCCAUGCCUGAUCUGAGCAAAGACCCUGGAAUGAACAUCUCUGAGAAAACCCUUAACUCCUCGGUUCAAUUUCAGAGCUCUGACUCCCUUCACGGUGUCAACGGUGGUCAGCCCUACAUGGAAAUCAAUCCCUCCAGGUCUUCUCAGUACCAGUUGCAAUAUUGUGAUCCCUCUGGUUCAGGGGUGGGCAGGAGCUCCGCUCAUUUACCUCCUGGAUUCACCUACCAGGAGGAAGACAGAACGAGUCUGGUGAGCAGCGCCAACGCUGCCCGCCUGCCACCCAUAAGUGAGCGCAGGGUAAGCGGUGUGAGAGGAGCAAGCGUCAGGAUUGAAGUGCCGGAGGAAACUCCUCAGAGACGGAGGCACCACCACCACCACCGCUCCAGAAGAUCCCAACGUUCUCGCUCAGAAAACGCUCUCAACUUGGUUGCCGAGCGCAGGGUGAGACCUCAGGAAAGACCGCAGCUUCACGUUCGAGAGGAUUACGACCGCUUUCCUCCCCCGAGGAGCGCCAGGGAGCACUUUGGAGUCACGGGAGGAGGGAGAUACCAACCUCAACUGUUUCGGCAGUGCCCCAGGACCACGUCAGACUUAUCACUCCAGAACCCAGGAGCCGGGCGACGCACGGGCUUGAAUCAGUACUCCUGGGACGACUAUGACGACGACUGGUGCUCCACUUGCUCGUCGUCAUCGGACUCAGAGGACGAAGGUUACUUCCUGGGGGAGCCCAUCCCCCGACCCCUCCAGAUGCGCUACCUCAGCAAUCAGGAGCUGGUCCACAAGUACAGCAGCGGGAUGGGAGGGACCAACCGCGGUGCGCAGCUGAGUACGCACAAACGGCGGAAAAGCAAGAACUGCAUUAUUUCCUAACGUUUUGCUUGGUGCCGCAGCUUGAGUCGACUCAUUUUCUUCAUCUGGAGAACAGAUGGACAAAGUUCAUUUAUAGUCUGCUUGAGCAAUAGGCAGUAGCAAACUGAGUGAAACACAGCAUUGUUUGUCGUUGUAUUAAUCAGAUUAAUCAUUUUGCGAUAAAAUAGUAAAGUCUGCAUUACACAGGAUUUUAUAGGUCAAAUUUAGAAACAGAUAAAAUAUCUCAAAAACCUGAAAAAAAAUUAUCAGCGUCAAAAGUAUAUCAAGGGACACCUCUGAUUAAAAUUGUCUGUUGAGCAGUGACCAAUUUCUUUCUCUCAUGCAGUUUUAUCAACUCAAUAUUUUAAUUUUUUAAAGCUGAUGUGCAAUUUUUUAAAUGCAUAUAGUCUGUUUGGUACAAUUUAGCUUUUCAUGGUGUGAUAUUUUUUUUUCCCCCAAAUAGGCCGCGCUGUUGUAUUUGGCUGAUAGUAUGUACAUAGCUAAAUGAACUAAUAAUUUCACUUAAGUUAAGGAAGUUGUAAAUGUAAAUAUGGUUGUAAAUGAGGCCUCAUAUUUUUAUACGUAUUAUAUAUAUGUAGAUAUACAGUAGAUAACAAGACGAACGGCGCACGCAUGAGACAUGGCUGAGCUGAUCCUGAAUUUGGAAUAGAGGAUUAUUUCAGCCAUUAGUUUGAUUGACAGCUUGUGUUUUUCCUCUCGAGUGUGUCAAACAAGUGCGUGACUGUUCAGCAUAGCAGUUUGGUGCAUACAUGAAUAAUAAUCCGCAGUGGACUUUGAAGUAGAGUUGGAUUGGUAAUAUAUGCAAGAUGGCAUUUGAAACCAAAUCUUUGGUUGUAUUGCAUCAGCGCUUAAGAAUGGGAACUUGAGCACACUGGGAUUUUGUAUUUCAAUAAUUUGCAUAGUUGUCAAACUCACUUAAAGAACUUCUCCUUCUACAGUUGCUACUAAACAAGCCAUGCCAUUUUAUUCUCGUGCUAACAAACCAUCUGUGUUGUAAAAUCCUGUUCUGAAAUCAAAUAAAAAAUAUUGUCUGAUCA